AUGCCAGGACGACCACGGCGUAUAGAUACCGCACCGAUUUUACAAAUGGUCACUGACGACCCUAAUAUCAGCACACGAGUCGUCGCGCGGUAUCAAGGUGUCUCCCAAGCAACAGUGUGCAGGGCUUUAAAGUCGGCUCACUUCCAUCCUUACAAGAUAAGGCUGAUUCAAGAGCUGCAUGCAAAUGAUGAACUUCACAGAUUGAGGUAUUGUCGGUGGUUUCUUGAUGUGAGUGAGGAAAAUUACUAUUUUUCCAAGUACAUUCUGUUUUUGGACGAAUGCACUUUCCAGAAUAAUGACAAUGUCAACCGCCAUAACUCACAUUACUGGGUCACCGAAAAUCCUCACUGGAUGCAGCAAGCGCAUACAUUUCUCAACAAUGAACUUGUUGCCUUGUUGGAUAAUGUGCCGCUGGAAUUGCGUAUGAAUAUGUGGUUCCAGCAAGAUGGUCAUCCUGCACAUACUGCCAAGGCAACGAGGGAAUUAUUAAAUGAGAAAUUCGGUAACCAUUGGAUCGUACUUCAUGGUCCCCGUGAAUGGCCACCACGUUCACCAGACCUUACACCAUUGGACUUUUUUUUGUGGAGUCAUAUAAAACAGCAAAUUUAUACAACGCAACCUGUCAGUGUUGAAGAUCUGAAGGACAGAAUUACGCACGGUCGAUCCAAGCGGCUGACACCUAUGGAUCGAUCGAUUCAUCACUGCUGCGGUCGAUUACAAAAUCUUACUGUUGAUAUUUCAUCAGUUAGUUCUACAUCGUCAUACUCUCAACAAAAUACAACAUUGCUAGAAGUCUUUAAUAAAAAAGCAAGUUUUGAAAAUGGAGGCUCAAGAAAUAUAGCAAUCACAGAAGCAUUGAUAGUCUUUAUGAUAUGCAAAGAUAAUAUGCCUAUUAGAAUCGCAGAGAGAGAAGGUUUUAUACAUUUUUUCAAGACUCUUUGUCCUCUAUAUAAAAUUCCUUCAAGAUCUACGUUAACAAUUCGCAUUGAAGAAAAGUAUAAAAUGUGCAGGUCACAACUUAAAAGAAUGUUGGAUCAAGUACAUUAUAUAUCUUUGACAUUAGACAUUUGUACUGUCAUGAAUUCAACUAGAAGUUUCUUAGUAAUAACUGGUCAUUUCAUUAAUGUAGAGACUUUUGUUCUUGAAUCCGUUUGCCUGGAAGCAGUACACUUAACAGAACGACAUACGGCAGAUACUAUAGUUGAACAGUUUCAUGAGAUUUGUAAAGAAUUCUCUCUAAAUUCGUCUAAGAUAGCUUCCAUUACUAUAGAUGGAGCCGUUAAUAUGCAAAAGGCAGUUGAAUUAUUCUCGAAUUCUUCAAAAUGGGUUUGGUGUUUUGCACAUAUAACCAAUUUAGUUGUGCAAAAUUCCUUGAAAAAUACACCUGAGCUUGACAAAAUAAUUUUACAAAUCAAGCGAAUUGUUACAUAUUUUAAGCACAGUACAAUUCCAUCGGAAGAACUCAGAGCAGAGCAGCUAAAACGUGGAAAAAGUGAAGGCAAUAUACUAUAUCUCACACAAGAUAUUUGUACACGAUGGAAUUCUACUUUUGAAAUGUUAGAAAAGUUUGAGAAAUUAACACCCAUUUUGGCAACUAUUUUGGCUAGUAAAGAUCAUAAAGAUAGUCCACAAAUGUUGGCAGGAUUUCAUAUUGAAGUAGUAUCCGAAAUUAUUUCCUCUCUAGCACCUUUUAAAGAAGCAACUACUCAGAUAUCAGGUGAUAAAUAUGUUACUGCUAGCAUCGUCUUGCCAUUGUGCCAUAAUGUGCUAGAUACAUUAAAUGAGUUGAAGCUUACCACUAAUGCUGCGAUGGAGUUAAAAAAGAAUUUAUUAAAAGAGAUCCAAAUAAAAUAUGUACCUCUUGAAAGAAAUAAGCUUCUGACAAUUGCAACUCUACUUGAUCCCAGGUUCAAGAGAGUGUAUAGCUUUUCUUCUCUAUUUCAAGCAGAAGCAAUAUCACAAAUAUGUCGGAAAAUUAGAGAAAAAACAAAAGAACAAGAUUUCCUUUCAGUACCAGAAAGAAGUCCGCCUAAAGAAACCAAAGAAACUUCAAACUCUAUUUGGACAAAGCACACAGAACGAUUAAAAAAUCAUUUAGAUGAAGAAUCAUAUUCAUCACAAAUUCAACCUGAAUUAAAACUAUAUUUUAAAUUAGCAGUACAACCAUUGUCGGAGGAUCCCAUUAAAUAUUGGCAAAACUAUAAAGCAGUCUCCUGCAUUGGCAGAAGUUGCCUUAAAAUAUUGUACAGUAAUGGGGUCUUCUGUGGCUUCAGAGAGAGUUGUCUCUGUCAAGAGACACGGUAGUGUCUCGCGCCAAGUAUAUGCGCAGCGAGACCGACCG